AUGGAUCUCUCUACGGCGUAUCGCUACAACCAAAACAUGAUGGAAUAUUAUACAUGUCACGGCGGCGUCAAUCAACUGGGAGGCGUAUUCGUAAACGGCCGUCCCCUGCCCGAUGUCGUCCGGCAACGCAUCGUUGAACUGGCCCACAACGGUGUCCGUCCCUGUGACAUAUCACGCCAGUUGCGAGUCAGCCAUGGCUGUGUUUCGAAGAUACUAUCAAGAUACUACGAGACUGGUAGCUUUAAGGCCGGCGUCAUUGGCGGCUCGAAGCCGAAGGUCGCCACGCCGCCAGUGGUCGAUGCUAUUGCCAACUAUAAGCGCGAGAAUCCCACAAUGUUUGCCUGGGAGAUACGCGAUCGGCUGCUGGCAGAGGGCAUAUGCUCCCAGGACAAUGUGCCCAGUGUAUCCUCGAUAAAUCGAAUUGUGCGCAACAAGGCGGCGGAAAAGGCCAAGCAUGUCCAUCACCACCAGCAGCAUCAGAUACAGCAGAACAUCAGCAGCGGGCACCAGGCGACCGAGAGUCUGGACAGCAGCACGGGCAACGGCAAUGAGCCGCAGACCCAGAGCGCCGGCAACAGCAGCAACACCUCCGCCAGCGGCAACACGAACGCAGGAGCCAGUUCGGCAUCGGUCAUUACGCACGCCCCAUCCUCCGGAGCCGACAAUGGCAACGGGAAUGCCGGCAACGCCAAUAGCAAUGGCACCAGCAACAACAAUGCUGGCGGUAGUCAUCAGGGCGCCGAUCAGCAGCGCUCCACUGGCUAUAGCAUCAACGGAAUCCUGGGCAUACAGCAUAGCCAUCAUCUGCACAACAACAACAACAGCGCCAACACGGAUCCAAAUUGCAAGCGCAAACGAAUUGAGGAUCAUGACGAGAACCGCGAUGUCAACAUGCACUCCGAAGACGACGUCAAGCGACAGCGACUCACCUACGGCGGCGAUCAGAUCUAUCCAAACAUUUGGUCGGGCAAAUGGUGCAUUAAGGAUGAGCAUAAGCUGUUAUCAGAGCUGGGCAGCCUGGCAGCCACCAAUGGCAAUGGGGCGCCCGCAUAUUAUGAGGCGCCCAACGGGUUUCCCACAACGGUUGCAGGCGCAGGAGCUGGCAACGACUCGUCCAUGCUGUACGAUAGCAUUGCAACAAUAUCGCAGGGCCAGAGCACGCUCUACACCCCGUCCAUCGGACCCUCAAUUGCCUGCGGAUCGGUCGUGCCCAGUACAGAUUAUGCAUAUAGUCCCGCCUAUACACAAUAUGGGGGCGCGUAUGGAUCUUAUGGCUAUGGCACCAGCGGCAGCUUGAUAAACUCAUCUUAUUACUAUGAAGGAGGUCAAAAUCAAACGUCCUUGAAUCAAGACUUGCGCUCACCCCUGGCGGCAACUCGGGCUAAUUCUCUGGCAUCGGCAGCCUCACCGACUGGCAGUGCGUGCACCAAGUCGGAAACUUCUGACAUAUUCCUGGUCUAGUGUAUGCAGCGACUCUUUAUUUCCUUAGGCUAAUCGAAUACCUGUCCGAUGCUACACCGAACUCUAGAAGAAUAUUCAUAGAAGACGUCGCUGCCGCCGGAAGAGCCAGCCCCCCAUCUCUUGGGUCUGAUCAACGAUGACUUGUAGCUACACUUGUUGGAUGAGAAGUGGCAAUGCCUUGCAGUAUAAGAGACCGAAGACAACAUGACUGAAACAGCGGACACACCAGCUCGAGAUCAACCGAAGUCUACAAGUCUACAAAUCACCAAAUCAACAAUUCUUCAACCAAGAUUCGGGCAGGUCAUGAAGUUGCUCAUUCAUUCAUCGUCGGAUGAUCGGUAGCUUGUUUGUUGAAUGCAACUGAACAACUCAACAAGAACAAUUCUCAUACAAAUAGUUAAUUUUGCAUUUAAGAUUCGAUCGAUUUGUAUUCGUAUUUGUAUUCGCACGACGCAAAGCUUGCAAUGUUGUACAGAUGUUGUACCAUUUACU